CUUUGGUUUCCAUGGUGGCAGGAUGCAGGGUGAACAGAGUCCGAGUACCUCACUCAUCGACAGAACCAUCAAGAUGAGGAAAGAGACAGAAGCUCGAAAAGUGGUUUUAGCCUGGGGGCUCCUCAACGUGUCCAUGGCAGGCAUGGUCUAUACGGAAAUGACUGGGAAAUUGAUAAGUUCAUACUACAACAUUACAUACUGGCCACUCUGGUAUAUCGAACUUGUGUUUGCAGUACUUUUCAGCCUGAAUGCCUUGUUUGAUUUCUGGAAGUAUUUCAAAUAUACUGUGGCACAGACAAGUCUGGUGAUGAGUCCUGGACAGCAAAUGCUUUUGGGUUUGAAAACAGGAGCUGUACAGGCUACCCCUCCACGGGAGUUGGUAGCAAACAAAGCCCCUCCGUCUUCUCCUUCUCCUCCAAUCCCGGGACAGAGUGUGUUGAGUUAUAGCCCAUCUCGUUCACCGAGUACCAGCCCCAAGUUCGCUUCAACUUGUAUGACUGGCUACAGCCCUCAGAUGCAAGGUCUACCAUCAAGUAGCAGUAGUUCCUAUGGCACCGCAGUGACCUACUCACCCGGGAGUGGUUAUAGUAAGGUGUCAGGGUAUAGUCCUCCCGGCUCUUCUCCUUAUCCAACCAGUAUCGGUCCACUGGAAGGCAGUGGAUUGAGGUCUCGGUUCCGGUCCUCACCCACUGUCUAUAACACCCCAACUGGUAAGGAAGAUUACAUGACCGACCUCCGGACUUUGGACAACUUCCUUCGAGGUGAAGAAGAGAAGCAGCAUAGAGUUCAUCUGAGUGGUACGGACUCCAACUCACCUUCCAGCAGUCCAACGUUCUGGAACUACAGUAGAUCCAUGGGAGAUUACGCACAGACUCUGAAGAAAUUUCAGUACCAGCUGGCCUGCAGAUCCCAAGCUCCAUCUGCUCACAAGGAUGAAGCUGACUUGAGUUCUAAACAGGCUGCAGAAGAGGUUUGGGCGAGAGUGACCAUGAAUCGACAACUCCUCGAUCAUAUGGACUCGUGGACAGCCAAAUUCAGAUACUGGAUCAACGAGACAAUAUUAGUUCCGCUUGUGCAGGAAAUUGAUUCUGUCAGUACACAGAUGAGAAGAAUGGGCUGCCCAGAGCUACAAAUAGGCGAAGCUAGUAUUACCAGUUUGAAGCAGGCUGCCUUGGUGAAAGCUCCACUCAUUCCAACACUGAAUACUAUCGUGCAGUAUCUAGACCUCACACCAAACCAAGAGUACUUGUUUGAGAGGAUGAAAGAACUGUCACAAGGAGGGUGCAUGAGCUCAUUCCGCUGGAACAGAGGAGGAGACUUCAAAGGGCGGAAAUGGGAUACAGACCUGCCUACUGACUCUGCGAUAAUUGUGCAUGUGUUUUGCACUUACCUUGAUUCCAGGCUACCUCCUCACCCUAAAUAUCCAGAUGGAAAAACUUUCACAUCUCAGCACUUUGUUCAGACACCAGAUAAGCCAGAUGUUUCAAAUGAGAAUGUUUUCUGCAUAUACCAGAGCAGCAUCAAUCCUCCCCACUAUGAACUAAUCUACCAGCGACACGUCUACAACCUUCCCAAGGGCAGAAAUAAUAUGUUUCAUACACUGUUAAUGUUCCUGUUCAUCAUAAAGACUAAAGAAUCAGGAAUGCUUGGGAGAGUUAAUCUUGGUUUAUCAGGAGUGAACGUUUUGUGGAUUUUUGGAGAUUAGAAGAUCAUAUGUGAUUUCCCCACUUGCUUGGUCUCCAAUUUGACUGGAAUAAAAAAAAGAAGACUCAAAACAUUGCUUUGCUUGGAGAAGAUACUGAAUACCAUCUCAGUCAUAAGUAUGGCAGACUCUGAAGACAGAAUGAAAAUUUGUGCAUUAAGAAGCUCUUCCUGGAAAAACAUUUUCUCCUUGACCAUAUUGGAAAAAAAUAGACUGUUAAUCAUCUAGAAGAACUUCUGUUUGUUUACAGGCAAGGAAUUGAGAACCACCCUAUGGACCAUACCCUGCCCUGUCCUGCUUUGGGAAUCACCUGAGGGAAUGAGGAAUUUUAGGUGCUAAUGGUAACUUAACUGAAUCCCAGUUUUCCCAAUGGCUCAAGGUCAAAAGUUUGAUUUACUUGUAAUACUUUAUUGCUUUAAGGACAGUGGCCAUGUCCAUUUUUAAAUAGACUACAUGAGAUUUUCUUAUACUGAUCCUAAAGAGCCAACACCUAUAUUAGAACUUGCAAUUCCAUACAUAAGAAAAUCAGGUAUUCUUUUAGAUCUUUAGUAAAAACCUAAGCCCCUUAAAGUUGAGCUUUAGUGGGCCCAGGAUUUGAUGGAAAACAAAAAAGUAUGAUCUUUUAAAAUCAUUUAUAUAGCACCAUUUUAUAUCAAACUUCUUUUAAGUCUAAGAUGUUUAGCCCUUUUAUACAAUUCUUGGAAAUGUGAUCAAGCCUUAGAUUGAAUCUUUGUGCUUCAUUAUCUCCUGUAGACAUUGUAUUUAAGAAUAACUACGUGCCACAGUUGAGGCAAUAGCAUAUGCCAAGCCAGGAUGUUUUGUAUUACUUUUUAGAGAAAUUGAUAUAUAAGGAUUUGUGUUCUCUGUUCUUUUUAAAAUUUCAUUUCCAAGUCAGGGGAAGUGUCAAUUU